AUGAAUAUCGAGCGCCUGUGCGACAUUGCCGUCAAAGCAAUCCGACAUACACUGCGAUACCAUGUCGGUGCAGAAGCACUCGAUGACGAUGUCCAAGCCUUGAUUAGACAAGAGAUCCACGAGCUCUACCCCCUCCGCGCCGUAGCACAGGAUACCAGCGUCGCAGACUUGGAGAUUGCUUGCGACGCCGCAGUCACCGUCGCCGAGGCCUACAACAAGGCUGUUCCAGGCAUCAACCUGCGAUGGUUCUACAUCUGCGUUCAAAGCCUCCUCCUCCCCGACCUCCUGCCUGCCGCGUUGCUUGAUGGAAAGGUCGACCGACUUUCACGCAAAUCCCAACAGCCACUCCCAAAUAUUUCUAGGUCUACAUCAGAGAGCAAGAGUUCCCCACUGGCAUUUUCGUCAACUCUGGGCCCCAACACGGCCCAUUCCUCUCCCCAGCAAUCAACGCCGCUGAGCAGCGCCACCACGGCCGUCCCCGCCAAGGCCGCGAAGGCUAAAUGGGAGCACGACGAAAUACAACGCAUGUUGGAGCUCAAGGCCUCCGGGCUGCGCCACCGUGACGUCGCCACGAGACUCGGUAGAGGCCAGAGCUCGGUCGAGAACAAGUACGGAAGGGUCAUGCAUGAGAAUGAGUGGAGGGACUAUUCGACUUCGUUCGAGGCGAGCCUCCGGCCAGAGGAAAAAGACACGGAGGACGGGGGGAGCGAGGGUCCCUCGCCUUGA